AUGUAACAUCUGUCACACUAGUUGUCGGAUGUUAUUUCGUUCUCGGCUUUUGUUUGCGUUGCAAUUUCUUCGACCUGUUCCUGGGUCAGAUUGAGAUCCCACAAAAACCACAAAAUUGUCGUCGCCUUUUAUAAGAUCACAGGCUAUAUCUUUCGUCUCCGCCUUAAAGAAAGCAGGUUGGCUGAGGCAUUUGGCUAGGUCUGACUGAGCAAGAUUUAACUUGCUGAACAGCUUGUGCAAAUGGUUUUCCUCAUUUUCAAUACUUUUUCUGAUUUCAUCAGUUUUUAUGGUGACUUUAUUUAAUCUUUCUAUUCUAUUGUAGCAUGUCAUUCGUUCAAAAUCUGAUUUUUGGAGCUUAUCGAUAUUUUUGGCAAUACUACGCCCGUACUCAUCGCCAGCUUCGCCAACAAGUUUUUUGUCUGCUUCCAGCUUUAGUAAUUCUGUAAAUUUUAAGGUCCACUCAGUGUCAAGUAUGCCGUGCUUUUCCUGAACAGACCAGGACUUAUAAGUGUGGUGGUUCUCAAGCUUAGCUGCUAAUGAAUUCCAAAAAAUUCGCUUUUCACUCUCAAAAACUGAAAUUAAUGGUGUCCCAUGAAUUUCCUCCUCUGUGAAAACACGAACAUUUUUGUCUUGGCUUUGGGCUUGCACUUGACCUUGGUCUGACGGUUUCAUUGGCAAACGCUGUUGUUUUCUUGUGUCCGUAGUUAUUUCAAUUUUAGGUGAAACUGGCUUGCAACUUCCAUCAAACGAACAAUACUCUCUUGCUUUGUUGAAAUAGGCACAUUCUUGUAAAUAAAAUCAUAAGAGGCGGUUUUAGACAUUGUGUUAAUUAAUUCCCGUAACCUUAUGCGCUGAUCAAAACGAAGGUGUAACAUCCCCCCCCCCCGGGCACGAGAGGGGCAUUUACCUUUCGUGAUUUUCCCUAGGGGCAGGCAUUUGUUGUCGGAUUUGAAGUGGUGGGGCAUUUGUUGUUGGCAGAUUUGAAGUGGUGGGGCAUUUGAUUCCACUUAUAAUGAGGACGGGAAUUUGACCGAUUUACCACAACUAAAAAAACUUUUAGAUCACCUAACAUGAAGCAUAGAUAGUCUUGCUUUCCGCUGACACAAGAAACCGCAGGCAUUUAUGCAUCAAUCAAAAGCACAUUUUUUGCUUUUGUGUUUUCGGACUUUUCGAGUUUUUGAGAAAAUGGCGACAUUAAUAAGUGAGUUUCGUGGCCAAAAUAUAAGUUAUGUUGAAAAUUGGUUGUCCCAGAAUGGACUAGAGAAGUUAAAGGGAACUUUUGAAGGUAUUUGAUAAAAUUAGAAGUUAGAAAUAUGUAUUUUUCAUCAACUUUCAAGAAAAGUGGGAAAAACUGCUUCGACUGGUUGGCCUCAAGAACUCAAUACUUCAACCUUCAAAUUAAAUUUACAAUGGGGCAUUUGACCACAACUUAGUUGUGGAAUGUAGGGCAUUUGAACUUUGUUUUUUGACUUGGGGUGGGGAAUUUGAUCAUUGCAAAAUCCAAAAAGUCAAAUGCCCGGGUAUAUGCCCGGGGGGGGGAUGUUACACCUUCGUUUUGAUCGGCGCAUUAAUACAACAUUCGAAGAAAAACGUGUCGGCCAACACGGCCAACAUACAAAAACCUACUAACUAGCCUUCAGGGCACAAUAUGAAGGCAAAAUGGAAUUGUCCCACGAUAACGUACGUUUUUUCUUUCUAUCUGCCUGACUAAAUGUAAUGUACACUAUAGUGGAUCGAUAUGACAAUGAAAGACUGAAAGAGAGACUUGGAGCAAGCCAACAUUCCACAAGCACUAUCUGCUUGUCUAUUGGUCUUUUUGUCAAAGGAGAAAAACUCGUACCACAACCACAGAGUAUUAUUAUUGAUUCUGUGACCACAACAUGUUUGUGACAAAACAUAAACAUAGAUCUGAUUCAGUGUUGCAUGCAUAUGCCUGAUAAAAUUCAUUGUUACAUAUUUUUUAUAUUUACAGACUAUACACAAUACGGCUUGUGCACGACUUUUACAUCGUUAUAUACCUAGCUGUAAUAUUACUAUAAGUGAACUUACUACAUGUAUAAAGCUAAAAAUAACAAACUUAAAGACCAUGUCAAGUCCAUUCUGCGUAUCAGUUCUGCUCAUUAUAAAUGGGGCCCACAGAUAUAAACAUUGGCCAAAUUUUGCAUCUUUCAAACUUUUUGAAUUAACGUUAACGUACUCUAGUUUAUAUUCAUUUACAAUUGCAAACCAGAAAAAAUGUUAGUAUGUCUUAUUUUACAAAUAUAGCAGUUCAAAAUGUAAACAAAUCCUUUGCUCACAUUACGAACUUAACAUGGUCUUCAAUUAUAAACUGCCAAUAAUACCGGCUUUAUACAGUAAUACAUCAAUUUAAAAGAAUUAUAAUUUAAUAUACUCACAGUAACGUGAAAUAAAAAUAGCACACGUUAAUUGAAAAGCUGUUUUAUACUAGCACAGUACUUGGUACAGCAGUGCAAGUAGUAUAAAGUCGUUGAGACAUUUAUACAGAGAUAGAGUAUACUGGUAUAGUGAGUAGUAAAGAAUUGAUUUUAGUCUGUGUAUGACAGAAACAUGUGUAUAGUCGCUGGCCAGUCCAUUUGUUCAAACUAUAAACUAUUUUCGGAAAUACUUUUUAUGAAAUAUAUAAUAUAUUUAUUUACACAUGUAUCCAUAAAGUACAGCAAGCUUGCAUGAGAAAACUUUUGAAAGAACUAUUGUGAGCAAUGAAAUACAUUCAAAUUUGAGAGUUCUACGAUAAGUAUUAGUUUUAUAAGAAAUAUUGAGAAUAUAGUCAGAGUAAUUUUGCGGCUCAAAAAGAAAUUAUUACUUGGAUAACUGAUUACUUGCCUACUAUUUGUAUCGAAAAGACAAAAAGCAGCAAGCCAGCAACGUAAAAUUUAUAUGGUGAAUCCAAUUUUCACAAAAUAAACACACCAUUUUUUUAUUUUGCACAACUCUCACUUAAAUGCUAAUUUUUAUAAAUUGUGUAUUGUGGGAUUUUUCAAUUUUUCUGCUAAUUUUACCCCAAUGUUUGGAACGACACUGGAACAACAAGCAUGUUAUAUGGGUUUUGUCCCGGCUACAAUUAACCGGGGGGAGGGGGGGGGAGGGUAAUCAUAGAAAUUUAACUCCUGAGUGGUUCAAGACUUGUUGGUUACGUACUUCAUCUUGUAAUUACCAAUUUCGUCCCUGACAAAGGUGACAAUCUAUUAUAUUGUAAAGCAAAGAAAAUCUGACACAACAACAAUAACCUUUUCUUUAUAUAUACUACUUCCAAAUAAAUUAUAUAAAUAAACCACUAUGAUGAAACCAAAUUAAUAAUGAAACCAAAUUUUUGUCCAUGUUCCUCUGACCUAAAAAUACUUGUUUAGAAGAGAUAUGACUUUUUCACGCAAAACGCGGGACACGCGCGCAGACAAUCAGUGGAUUAUUGAGAUCAGUGUACUAUAGACAAGAACGCUAAGUAAACAGUAAACUCGUGUAGGAAUUUCGUAUUAAAGUUUAUUUUCACUGUUUUUGUACUAAAUCGAGUACUUUUCGAGGCUAAAUAUUGUUAUAUCGCAACAUUUGGCGAUCCUGCCAGGACAAUUCGAGGAAUUUUGGGGUUUUAAAGUGAAUUUCGUGGUUAAAAUCGGGGAAAAUUUCACAACAUCGUGCUCGAGGACUGUUGGCGUAAUUACAGCGUUUAUUCGUAGUUGUAUCGGUAUUGGAACAAUAUUCGGGACGUUUUAUAAAUUUGUGGUAAACUCGGCAUUGUUUUGAACUUUAUUGGGUGUUUCUACGAUAUAUUUACAUCGAAUUAUAGCAAGUUUACGGGGUAUUUGGAAUUAGACGGCGGUUUAUAUUAAUAAAGUAUUAAAUAUACUGUGCCACGUACUUGAUGGUUGGGGAUAGCCAGGAAAGCAUGGGAUAAACAGUAAUUUUAAUGGACGUGUGAGUACAAACUAAAGUUAUUGAUUCUGAUUUGUUGAUAUAUUUGUGGAACUUUAUGGUGAAGUUAUUAAUUUCUUAAAUAUAACUUUGGAACAAAAAUAAAGCAAAAACAGUAAACAAAGCAUAUUUGCUAAGGGACAUAAUGCCGUUAACUAAUGAGACAGAUGAACCAAGUGUAUCCAAGAAUGAUCUUGAACUGGAAGAAACAGUGCUUGCAUUAAAGCGAGAAAAACGAGCAAGGAAAACAAAUGUGACAAAAAUUAGGCAUAAUUUAGAAAAACUGUGUGCUCAGAAGAGUAAAUUAAAUCGGAGUGAAAUCGAAGCUGAAAUUGAGGCUUUGUGGGAUGCAUUGGAAACAAGCUUAUCUGUGAUGGAUGAAUUGUGUUCAACUUAUAUCAAAUCCAGCCAAGCUGAAGCUAAGGAAGCUAUUCUAAAAGAACAGGAAAACUUUGAAUCAGAUGGACACCAGACUGUGGAGAAAGCACAACAAGUAAUCAAAGAAUACUUAUCAAGUAUUUCAGAACAAGGACAUGUAUCAGAAGUAGUCAAUGUAAAUCCGGCGCCCACGACAGUUGAAGCAAGCCCACCUAGUUCUGAAAGCAAUCCCACUGGAACAACCACAGUCAAUGAUAGUCCAGCACCUGUUGUAGACACAGAAGGCCCACCGAGUUCAGCAAGCAAUCCCACUACCAGUACAAUCACAGCUAAUGUUAGUCCGGACCCUACAACAACCCAAACAAGCCCUCCGAGUUUUGCAAGCAAUUUCACUGGUAUAACCCAUCAUCGUCUUAAACCACUAACAGUUCCAGUCUAUUAUGGUGAUAAAACUAGAUUUGAGGAUUUUUGGGCACUAUUCAUCAGUCUAGUUGAUGAAGGGAGUGAGCCUGUAAAUAUUAAAAUGGCUCGACUACGUCAAAGUCUUUCAGGAAAUGCCCUUGAUGCAAUUCGUGGACUGGGUGUUACGGCGCCAGAGUAUAAUGAGGCUAAGGACAUAUUAAAAUCUAAGUUUGGUGGACAACGUCGUCAGUUGCAAGCUUACCUCGAUCAGUUAGAAAAUAUGCCAACUCUGAAGAACAAUGACAUUCAGUCUUUCGAAAAGUUUGCUGAUCUUGUGCGGGUAACCGUAGUGAAGUUGGAAGCUGAGGGGCGCAGUGGGGAACUGGGAGAUGGUGCAUUGCAUAGCCUGCUGGUAAAGAAACUAUCGGAACGACAAGUAGAAAAUUACAGUCGAUGGCUUAGUGAACAACAUAAGAUACGGUCAGUGAAAGCGUUGAGAGACUGGCUAAAGGAAGAAGUAAUCAUCCGAGUUGAGGCUACAGAAAUGGCCGAAGGAGUUGAACCUAAGCAGACUAGAAAGUAUGACAGAGGAAGACCCAAGCCAACUGAAAGAAGUUAUCGACCUCAAACCUGGUUCACUAAUCGAGAUGGAAAACACAGCAACGACGAUACACGCAGCCCGUAUUCAAAGCCACCUUACGCAGCAUGUGGUGGCAAUCAUGGGGUUUGGUCCUGUAAGGUAUUUUCUGGCUUGAGUGUGCCAGAUCGUUGGGGAGUCGCAAAGGAAAAACAUUUAUGUUUUCGAUGUCUUGCAAGUAAUCAUGUCGGUAAGGACUGCACCAGGUCAAAGCCAUGUGCAGUGCAAGGGUGCAAAAGAAGCCAUCACAACUUGUUGCAUGAAGUUGUACCGAAGGAGAAGGAAGAAGGCGAGAAGUCACCGUUGACACGGGAGGGGGCAGAGACACGAACACACACUUCAAGAAAUAAGAGUGUGUCGACUGCUGAAGUUUUGUCGCUUCGUACCAUUCCAGUAUGGUUAAAGGCAAAUGGUCGGAAAGUUAAAGUCAACGCUAUUCUGGAUGAUGCUUCCAAUGAAACAUUUCUAAAUGAACAAGUUGCUGGAGUGUUAGGGCUACAAGAGCCGUACAAGACAGUUAAAGUUCAUGUGUUAAACAAUGAGAUUGAAACGUUCCAGUCCAUGCCCGUGGAGGUUAUGAUUGAAAGUGUUAACGGACAGUAUCGAAAGGAAAUUUGUGUCAAAACGUGCCCUCAGAACAUAACGGGAAGCUACAAA